AUGGGUUGGCUGAUCUGGGAGAUGUCGCUCCACAAUGCUUUCCAGCCAGAUGCAAGCAAGAUCCAACAUUUGGCAGGAGAGCAAAAGUGGGAAUGGGCAAAGGAAUCCAUUGCCUCCUAUUUCUAUACCAAGCUCUCUCUCCUCCAUGCAGCCUUCCCAACAUGUCAAGAAACAGAUCUGCUUAACGAAAUUCAGUAUGGUCUGCCAGCAUCCUUGCAGCUCGAUGUUUGGACACAUCUUCUUGCCAGGCCAAACAUGGAUGAACUCCUCACUGAACUUCACAACUUGGAGGGGCCUUGGAAAGCAACUCUAUGUUCUGGCAGCUGCUAUGACCAACACAAUGACUUGCUGCCCUGA